AUGCAAACAUCUCAGAAUAAUACAAUUUCAGAUGGGUCUCGAAGGUUCUGUGACCAACCUAUGCAAUAUCAGGAGUCCAAUUGUUGGCCUCCCAUCCAGAAUGUUGAUGUAGGAAGUCAAGGGACACACCCUUCAGCUGAAACUUUUGAUCAAUACCGUACCAUAGAAUCAUCCUCCGAAACUAGUGCUUACCCAGUUCACAAUUCUCCGUCUACUGCUAGCUUCUCUCCAAAUGAAAGUUUGGUUUCACAGCCAGCUUCUCAGUCAUACCCAUCAGAUCUGCAGGAUUCCUCUGAGAAUACUAGUGGUUCGUCAGCAACUGAGUCUUAUGUUACUCACAAGCUAAGAGAGCUGGAAACUGCUAUGUUGGGGCCAGAUUCAGAUAAUCUUGACAUGUACAAUAUGUCUGCAAUAUCUGGACCUUACCAGAUUAUAUCCGAGGCAGAGAAAUGGAAGUUUUUGGUUGAGAUGAUGUCCAGAGGAGACUUGAAAGAAGCACUUUGCACUUGUGCUCAAGCCAUUGCAAAUAGCGAUAUGUUCACAGUUGAAUGGUUGAUGUCAGAGUUACGCCAGAUGGUGUCAGUUACUGGUGAGCCCAUCCAACGAUUGGGAGCUUACAUGCUGGAAGGCCUUGUUGCAAGGUUGGCUUCAUCUGGAAGUUCUAUCUACAAAGCCCUGAGGUGCAAGGAGCCAGCUGGUGCUGAUCUCCUAUCGUACAUGCAUUUACUCUAUGAAGUCUGCCCAUAUUUCAAGUUUGGUUACAUGUCAGCAAAUGGAGCAAUUGCUGAUGCAAUGAAGGAUGAAAGUAGAGUCCAUAUAAUUGAUUUUCAAAUUGCUCAAGGCAGUCAGUGGGUCACCUUAAUCCAGGCCCUUGCAGCUCAGCCUGGAGGACCCCCACGGAUUCGGAUCACAGGAAUUGAUGAUUCCACAUCAGCUUAUGCUCGGGGAGGAGGACUUGAUAUAGUGGGGAAGAGACUAUUGAAGCUUGCUGAGUCAUACAACGUACCAUUUGAAUUCCAUUCUGCUGGAGUUUCUACUUCUGAAAUUCAACUUGAAAAUCUUGGAAUUCAACCCGGGGAAGCUGUGGCAGUUAAUUUUGCCUUAACACUCCACCACUUGCCUGAUGAAAGCGUGGGCACUCAAAAUCAUCGGGACAGGAUAUUGAGGUUGGUUAAAACCUUGUCUCCCAAGGUGGUAACUCUUGUAGAGCAAGAAUCUAAUACUAACACGGCUCCAUUCGUUGCCCGUUUCGUUGAGACACUGAACUAUUAUCUAGCUAUCUUUGAAUCCAUUGAUGUUAUAUUGCCAAGGGAGUACAAGGAACGAAUCAAUGUUGAGCAGCACUGUCUUGCUCGGGAAGUUGUCAAUAUUAUAGCUUGUGAGGGUGCUGAGAGAGUUGAGCGCCACGAACUUCUGGGUAAGUGGAGAUCACGGUUUGAGAUGGCUGGAUUUAAACCAUAUCCACUAAGCUCUUUUGUCAAUUCUACUAUCAAGACUCUCCUGGAGAACUACUCUGAGAAGUAUACACUCGAAGAGAGAGAUGGAGCUCUCUAUCUUGGCUGGAUGAACCGACCUUUGGUUGCUUCUUGUGCAUGGAGAUGA